AUGGAUCGUAUAAGCAAUGAAGCUACAGUUGAUCUUUUUCCAAUCGGGCCUUCAGGAAUUCUUGGCCGUGCAAUUGCUUUUAGGGUUCUUUUCUGUAAAUCCAUUUCACAUUUCAGAUAUCAGUUAUUUUUAAGUUUGUUGGAAUUCUUUCACAGGUUUAGGAGAUUUUGGGGACCCAUUAUAUCAUGGUUGCAUCCGCGAAACCCUCAGGGGAUAUUAGCGAUGAUGACAAUUCUUGCUUUCUUAUUGAAACGUUAUAGUAAUGUUAAAGUAAAGGCUGAAUUAGCAUAUAGGAGGAAAUUUUGGAGAAAUAUGAUGACAACUGCUUUGACUUAUGAGGAGUGGGCUCAUGCAGCUAAGAUGCUUGAUAAAGAGACACCAAGGUUGAGUGCAUCGGAUUUCUAUGAUGUGGAAUUGGUCACCAACAAGCUUGAAGAAUUAAAACAUCGCAGACAAGAGGGCUCUCUUAGAGAUAUUAUUUUUUGUAUGAGAGCGGAUCUCGUUAGAAAUUUAGGUAAUAUGUGUAACCCUGAGCUUCACAAAGGUAGGCUUCAUGUGCCUAGACAAAUCAAAGAGUAUAUUGAUGAGGUUUCAACUCAGUUGAGAAUGGUUUGUCACUCUGAUUCGGAGGAGCUUGCGUUGGAAGAAAAACAUGCUUUCAUGCAUGAAACUAGACAUGCUUUUGGGAGGACUGCUUUGUUGUUAAGCGGGGGUGCUUCUCUUGGAGCUUUUCAUGUCGGUGUGGUUAAAACACUUGUUGAACAUAAACUUAUGCCCAGAAUUAUUUCUGGGUCAAGUGUGGGAUCCAUUAUGUGUUCUAUUGUUGCCACUAGGUCUUGGCCAGAGCUUCAAAGCUUUUUUGAGGAUUCAUUGCACUCGUUGCAGUUUUUUGAUCAAAUGGGUGGGAUUUUUACGAUCGUCAAGAGGGUCACAACAUUUGGUGCUGUUCAUGAGAUCAGACAGUUGCAGAUCAUGUUGAGGCAUCUAACAAGCAAUCUUACAUUUCAAGAAGCUUAUGACAUGACGGGCCGAGUUCUUGGGAUUACAGUUUGCUCCCCGAGAAAGCAUGAACCGCCUAGAUGUCUUAACUACUUGACAUCACCCCAUGUUGUUAUAUGGAGUGCAGUCACGGCUUCUUGUGCCUUUCCUGGCCUUUUUGAGGCUCAGGAGUUGAUGGCAAAGGAUAGAAGUGGAGAGAUUGUUCCUUACCAUCCUCCAUUUAAUUUGGGUCCUGAAGAGGGUUCCUCACAAGUGCGUCGUUGGAGGGAUGGUAGCUUGGAGAUUGAUCUUCCUAUGAUGCAGUUGAAAGAGCUCUUCAAUGUCAAUCAUUUUAUUGUCAGUCAGGCCAAUCCUCAUAUUGCACCAUUAUUAAGAUUGAAAGAAUUUGUACGAGCUUAUGGAGGUAAUUUUGCUGCCAAGCUUGCUCAUCUGGUAGAGAUGGAGGUGAAACAUCGAUGUAAUCAAAUACUGGAACUCGGUUUUCCAUUAGGUGGACUUGCCAAGCUGUUUGCUCAAGACUGGGAGGGUGAUGUAACAGUUGUUAUGCCUGCUACUCUGGCUCAGUACUCAAAAAUUAUCCAGAACCCUUCUUAUGCGGAGCUUCAAAAGGCAGCUAACCAAGGGAGAAGAUGCACUUGGGAGAAGCUUUCAGCCAUUAAAGCUAAUUGUGGAAUUGAGCUUGCUCUUGAUGAGUGUGUUGCAAUUCUCAAUCAUAUGAGAAGACUAAAAAGAAGUGCUGAGAGAGCUGCUUCUGCUACUCAGAGUCUUCCCACUAAUAUCAAAUUCAGUGCCUCAAAAAGAAUUCCAUCAUGGAAUGUCAUUGCACGUGAGAAUUCUACCGGAUCUCUUGAAGACUUUCUUGCAGACACUGCUGCUUCAUUUAAUCAUGGGGUUAGUAGUUCUAGUGGAGCCACUGGUAAAAAUUCAAAAUACCACCGCAGCAUGCAUGAUGUAAGUGACAGUGAAUCUGAAAGUGCUGACUUGAAUACUUGGACCAGAUCUGGCGGUCCUCUGAUGAGAACUACUUCGGCAGAUAUGUUCAUUGACUUUGUCCAAAACUUGGAAGUUGAUACUGACCUAAAUAAAGGAAUGGGAACUAAUUUCAGCCCUCGGGAGUUUCAGUAUCAAAGUCCCAAAUUCACAACACCAGAAAGAUGCUCUGAGAACUCAGAAUCCGAUCAGAGAGAAAAUGGCAAUAGGGGUGUCAUGAAUGGAUCUAGCAUAAUGGUAACUGAAGGUGAUCUUUUGCAGCCUGAAAGAAUCCUUAAUGGAAUUGUGUUUAAUGUUGUGAAAAAAGAAGUCUUGACACCUUCAAGUAGAAGUUGUGACUAUGAUGAUAGUAAUAACAAUGAAGUUCCUGAGUGUGUCCAAAUUGAAUGUCCAGGGAAAGAGAUGGAUGAUGCUGUCAGCUCAGCUUCUGAAAAUGGAGAUGACAAAUCCUCAACAGCUAGGACCCUAACUGAAACACCAGAUUCCGAUCCUACAGAUGAUUCAAUAACAGAUUUGGAUAAUGAUAAGAGAAAGGUUGACAGUAAUAGUUCCAAUGAUAAAAAUACUUCACCUCAGUGA